GUGUAGAAAAUAUAAGACGCGACGCGAUAAACGUGCAUGCCGUCGAGAUGUGUUGUGCUGUAUGAAAUCGUGAUAGCUGAGCGUUGAGCGUUUAAAUCUAUUUUAUCCAUGUAAACAGUCAGUUUUUUUUUUACUUCUUCUUCUUUCUUUCGUGCGUCUUUGGUGUAUAGUGAGUGACUUAUUCGCCAAUGAAUGGCAAAAGUGUGUUGGAGUGCUGAAGUAGACUUCACGUUUUAAACCGUGAAUGGCCUGAAUAUAGUAGUCACAUGGAUACUACAGAGCGCGUUUCGUUUGUUGUAUACACGAAGCGCGCGAUGCGUAUGUGUGUUAUUGUCGACACGUUUAGUGUAAAACUACAAACAAACAAGCUCGGAAUCAUCGAAGAAAAUGAAAUAAACCGAACGAUACGGAAAAAAGUUUAUAAAACCGUUGGAUAGCGUUCGAUGUGAUUCAGUUCGUUGUGGCCGGCCUGAUUGAAUGGUAGUGCUGAAACUGUCUUCAACACAACUUAAACUAUCAACAUUCUAUUGAGUUGUCUUUCAAAAGUUCUUCUAAGAAUUUAUUCAACACUUGCGUAUCGUCUCAAAGACUUUGAAAUUUUUUUUCUCUACGUCGUUAGCUUUCGACAAACAAGAGAUCAAAUCAGUGUUAAAGAGGUAUAUUGUCGUCGCGUAAAUAAAUAAAGAUAUUUGUGUAUGGUGCAAACGAUCGAACGUCGAAUCAAUGAAUAAACAUUUUUUGAGGUGUCUACAUUUUUAAAAUUCAAUAAGUCAAAUUAGUCGUGCUGCAGUUGUCAACCUGAAAGAAUCGUAUUAAUCAUGACCAGUGGAGUUCAGACCGUCAUAAAGAAUCCGAAUUGGUGGCCUCGGCGUACGGCUUUAGAAAAAUCAUUAAUCAUAAUUAGUAUACUAUCACUAAUUGGCAUAAUAGCUCUAGUCUUAUCACUUUCUGGCGUUCUUGUUAAGAAAAAAGAAUGUGAAACUCAGGUAAAAAAAGCGGCCGCCGAAGCGCUUCAGAGUCCGCCUGGUCUUCAUAUCAAUCAAAACGCAUUACCAACCGUUAACAAAACGAAAAAGAAUGAAUAUGAUGAUGUAUGUCUAACACCUGGAUGCAUUCAUGCUGCGUCACGUGUUCUCGAUCAGUUGGAUGAAACGGUUGAGCCCUGUGAUGACUUCUACAAUUUCGCAUGCGGCAAUUUUGUGAAAGAAACCUUAAUACCUGAUGAAAAGGUAUCGGUCAACACGUUUUCAAUAAUUGGCGAUAAACUUCAGGAACAGUUGCGUUCAUUGAUUGGUGACAAAAUCGAUCCAAACGAUUCGGCACCAUUUAAUAUGGCUAAGAAGCUGUACAAAGCCUGCAUGAAUAAAACAUUGAUUGAGGACCGAGGAUUGAAACCAUUGUUCGAUAUCACAGACCAACUCGGUGGAUGGCCGGUUGUUAAAGGUGAUGAAUGGGAUACAAAAUCUGAAUGGAGCUGGACAUGGGCUGUUAAAGAAUUCCGUAAAGUUGGAUACAGCAUGGACUAUAUUUUCGAUUUUUCCAUUGGAAUUGAUUUGAAAAAAUCGACAGCUCGAAUUAUUGACAUCGAUCAGGCUGCGCUCGGUUUGAGUCGAGAAUAUUUGAGCAAAGGAUUGGAAGACAAAAUCGUUAAGGCAUACUAUGAAUACAUGGUUGAUAUUGCCGUUAUAUAUGGUGCCGAUCGCAACCGUGCCGAACGAGAGCUCAUGGAAUCACUUCAGUUUGAAAUGAAAUUGGCCAAUAUUUCCCUGCCGAAUGAAAAGCGAAGAAACGCCACAGCACUCUACAAUCCAUAUACAUUGAAACAAGUGCAGCAGAUGUACCCAUUCAUUCAAUGGGUUGAAUACAUAAACGCCUUAUUACCACCGUCAUUGUCAGUCGACGAGAAUGAGGUUAUUGUGGUUAGUGUGCCGUCUUAUUUCGAAAGUUUGGGACAAUUGUUGCAAGACACACCGAAGCGUACCAUUGCGAACUAUAUGAUGUGGCGCGUUACAGCCUUUUCGUCAUUCUUCCUGACUAAUGAAUUACGCAAACGGCAAUUGUUGUAUAGCACAGCCGUCAGCGGUAAACAAGAGCAAGAGGCAAGAUGGAAAGAAUGCAUUGAUAUCGCCAGUGGAAGUUUGUCAAUAGCCGUUGGUGCGCUUUAUGUGCGAAAAUACUUCCGACAAGAUUCAAAAGCUGCCGCACUGGAAAUGGUCAAUGGAAUCCGCAAAGAGUUCGAGCUCCUAUUGAACGAAGUCAACUGGAUGGACGAUGAAACACGCAAAUCAGCACUCAACAAAUUAAAAGCCAUGUCUACACAUAUUGGCUACCCAGAUGAGAUUAUGGACAAUGCUAAAAUUGAAAAAUACUACGAAAACUUGGAAAUCGAUGAAAAUAACUAUCUCUCGUCUGUUUUGAAUAUGAACGUGUUCGGUACGGAUUAUGCAUUCAACAAACUUCGCAAGCCGGUUAACAAAACUGAUUGGAUCACUCAUGCACGUCCAGCCGUUGUAAAUGCUUUCUAUUCGUCUAUCGAAAAUAGCAUUCAGUUCCCAGCAGGUAUUCUACAAGGGCAAUUCUUUUCAGCCGACAGACCACGUUAUCUGAACUUUGGAGCAAUUGGCUUCGUAAUUGGCCAUGAAAUUACGCACGGAUUCGAUGAUCAAGGCCGUCAAUUCGAUCUCAAUGGCAAUCUAAUUGAUUGGUGGAAGGAAACAACCAAAGAACACUACUUGGAAAAGGCUAAGUGCAUCAUUGAACAGUACGGAAAUUAUACUGAACCUUCAACUGGCUUAAAAUUGAACGGUAUAAACACUCAAGGAGAGAACAUAGCUGACAAUGGAGGCAUCAAGGAGUCAUACCUCGCUUAUCAAAAAUGGGAAGAAGAAAAUGGCCCUGAACCAAGAUUACCCGGCUUAGAUUAUACUCCACAGCAAAUGUUCUGGAUCUCAGCAGCACAAACCUGGUGCUCAGUCUAUCGGCCAGAAUCAAUGAAGAUGAGAAUAACAACGGGCGUACAUUCUCCAGCACAAUUCCGUGUGCUCGGACCACUCAGUAACCGGCCAGAGUUUGCCAGUGAUUUCAAUUGUCCGGAAGGUUCACCAAUGAAUCCAGUUAAAAAGUGUGAAGUUUGGUAGUCAACUAUGUUAUGUUGAUGAAAAAAAAAUCUAAGAAGAUUCUCGUUUUAAAAACAAAUCUUUGCAUGUAAUUCAGCAAAGUUCUCACUUAAAUGAUUACAAUCGAUUGUUGAAUGGAUAUUUUCAUGCAAAAUUUUUUGAUAACUUCGAAUGAAAUUCAACUACUUUUUUCUAACGAAUUUCUUCCGCAUUUAUUUAUAUUUAUGACCGAGAAAUGUUCAAUCAACAAUUGUAUAUGUGAAAAAGAAUGAAAAAAAUCACAAUUUUUUUUUGAAAUUAUUUUAUUUUUAUUUUUUGAAUUCCGUUGGAUUUUCUUCCCUCUCAUCUGUUAUGAACAUAAAAUCUAUACCAUAUUAAUUAAGGAUUGAAAUGAAAAAAAAGUCACAUAUUUUCAUCAGCUUGUAUGAUGAAAUUUAAAAGAGAAAAACGUAAUUUAGUUUUAUUUAAAUAAAAACACAAAAUUAUAA